ACUUUCUCUGUCAGCGUCUCGUUGUAAACAAUAAUAAAAUUUGCUUCAUACGUAUGUAUACUCUUGAUACCGACUGAAGGGUUUACGCUUCAGACCGGGCUUAACGCGUAAACCUUUCCGGAUAUCCGAGAACAACUCCAAAAUCUCAUUGAACAAGCUGGAAUCUAGUGGAACCAUGGAAGCAAUCGAGUACCACUUUUGGCUGCAAAUCGAGAAGCUGGUCGGUCCCGUCCCGGAGAACAUCAAGCUGCUGCUGCAGUUCUCGUGCUUCUGCAACUCUUCGAUCGCCGACUUGGACGACGAGCUGAUUGACCAGAUCGAACAGGAAGCGCGCACCAUUCCGACCGUGCUGCGAAUCACGGCCAACGAGCGGCUCAUGAAGCGGUUCUUCGGGGUGUACUUUCUGAUGCCGAACGAGUUCCGGUUCCGUUCGGGCGAGCGUCGCAUGAUGAAGAACAUUGCGCUGGCGGUGCGGCGGAAGGGCCUGGACAGCUUCAUCCAAUCGCUGCGGACCAUCCAGCAUCACACGGAGCCGCGGCCGGCCGUCAGUGUGCAGCUGCAGAACUGUGACCCGCAGAGCUUGCGGCAGAUCCUGCGCGAUAAGCUGCUGAACGCGAUUGGCAACAACCAGGCGGAAAUCUCCCAGGACGUGCUGAAAAUCAUCCAGGACAACAUGGAGAUCCAGAUCGUGACCGAGCAGGGCAUCCCGGACGCGUACGUGUUCUGCCCUCUGUGCGGGGCAAAAUCAAAGCUUUCGAAAGACCGAACGGGGAACAUCAUCGUGUCGAACUACACGCUGCACGUGCGCAAAUAUCACGGCAUUGGACCGCUGAGUCACGGGGUGAAACGCAAGUCGGAAGAGUACGGAGCUGGGCCGGCGGAGUACCUUUCCGAUGGACACCUAAUGGAGCAGAUUAUCAAGGAGGAACCGGACACGAGUGGGUGCGAGCAGGGUGCGUCGAGUCAUUACUAUCCGAUUUAGAAGGAAGGGAGA